AUGCGACUGGCAAACAAAGCAACCCUACGGGAAAACUACCCAUUACCAACUUUCGACUGCUUUAUGACCAGACUCAAAGAGGCUAAAUUCUUCGCACGCCUAGACCUCAAGGACGCCUAUCACCAACUGGCCCUUGAUGAAUCGAGCCGGGAAAUAACAACAUUCCUAACUCCAAGGCGACUUUUCCGCUAUAAGCGUUUGAUGUUUGGAGUAAAUUCUGCUCCCGAAAUUUUUCAACGCCUUCUCGAGCAGAUGCUAUCUGCGGUACCUAACGCCAUGAACUUCAUCGAUGAUAUCAUCAUCUUUGGCGCAACUGACCUCGAAAUCGACAGCGCCGUAAAAGAAGUAUGCCAGAUCUUCCAGGAAAAUAAUGUCCUACUGAAUAAAGAAAAGCAUCGAACACGGGUGAUUGCGGACGCCAGCCCGGUUGCCCUUGGGGCUGUGUUAUUGCAAUUCAAAGUCGACAACGAACCUUUAAUAAUUACCUUUGCUAGCAAGGCCCUGUCGGAGGUGAAGAAACGCUACUCCCAAACUGAAAAAGAGAGCCUAGCGCUGGUUUGGGCAGUGGAGAAAUUCUACUACUAUCUGGCAGGCCUGCACUUCGAACUCGUAACUGAUCACAAGCCCUUGGAAGCCAUUUUCAAACCAACAUCCAAGCCCCCAGCUCGCAUUAAAAGGUGGCUGCUGCGGCUCCAGGCAUAUACGUUCACCGUUAUCUAUAAAUCCGAAAGAGACAACAUAUCAGAUGCGUUGUCUCGACUCUGUCAACUACCGGCGGUAGAACCAAUCGACCACAAGACGGAAUACAGUAUCCUUCGCGUCGUACAGAGCUCUAUCCCAGAAUCUAUGACAAUUCAUGAAAUAGCAGAGUCUUCCAAGAGGGAUGAAGAGAUUAUGGACGCAAUCAGUUGCCUGGAGAACGACUCCUGGAAGCCCGAUAGUUCAGUGGGCUUCUACCCGUUUCGGUAUGAGCUUUCAGCGGUUGGCUCGCUCCUUUUGAGGGGAAACCGCCUAGUCGUGCCAACAUCUCUGAUAGUAAAAAUACUGGAGUUAGCCCACGAAGGACAUCCCGGCGAGACAGCAAUGAAACGCCGCCUGCGAUCCAAAGUAUGGUGGCCACAAAUAGACAGAGAGGCAGAAAAGUUUGUCAAAGCUUGCAGAGAUUGUUGCCUGGUAUCACAAGACAUCAGGCCACCCCCUAUGGACAGGAAUCCUUUUCCCACUGGCCCUUGGAUUUGGGUAGCGUCGGAUUUACUAGGUCCGCUUCCCAACAAUGAAUAUGUUCUAGUCUUCAUUGACUAUUUCUCACGAUAUAUGGAGCAUAAGUUUCUUAAAACCAUAUCUUCAAUGACCCUGGUAAAGGCAAUGAAAGAGAUCUUCUGUAGACUGGGAUAUCCUGAGCACCUACGAACGGAUAAUGGACGCCAAUAUGUUAGCGAGGAGUUUUCUAACUACUGCAAAGCGGUCUGCGCCAAAAUACCGGGCAUUGGGGAUAUCUGCGAGAAUACCUUAGACUCUGGAGAGAGAGAUAAAGAUAUUAUUGAAAAAAAUAAGGGAAAGCAGGCAGCCGACAAAAGAAGAGGGGCAAAGGAAGUCGAUAUAGAAGUGGGCGACAAGGUGUUUUUGAAAAACGUAGUGUUCCCAAACAAACUUACAUCAAACUUCGACAAGACGGAAUUUACGGUUUUAGAACGACACAAUAAUAUUGUGGUGAUCGAAGGGGGUGGUAGAAAACUAACAAGAAAUGCCUCACAUCUUAAGAAAGUUCCAGCUAGCCAAACGUAUCCAGCCUCCUGCCCAACGCCGCAACCAGAUGACAGCUUACCGGAAUCAACACCUACCCCGGAGAACGCUGUACUCCAGGCCACAAAAGGAAGCCUCGGGAUCCAGCCCCCCCUGCCGCCAUUAAAGCUAAAACUUGUUAAUAAAGGAGGGAUAUGGCGACCGGCGUUGCCAACAACCAAGCAUCGGGAGAGCAGCGACGGGAGAGACGCUACCGAUGGCCUAGUGUCUGAGUGA